GUUUGGUCAAAGAUUGCCGUACGUGCAUGUUUUUCACGAACAAGCAUUGGUCUAUAAAUCCAAUGCUUAUUUUAUGCGUUUCUCGUAUCUCUCUUACUACUCAAACCAAGACACGUUACUAACAAUCUAAAUCUAUGGCUUUUUCUCUUUCUUUCGCUACUUCAACCAAACAUUCAACGUUUUCUUCAAACAAAACCUCAAAUAUUUUGGAGUAUAAUAAAACCAAUUUAACUUCUGUCUUCAAUCAAAUUCAUAUUCCUAAAAGUGGUAAAUGCAAGGAUGACCUUCAUAUAAGACAUGCUAAAGCAUUGGAUGAAGUUAAGCAGGUAUUUGUUAGAAAUAUAAGAAAAAAUACGGACGAAUGUUUAUCUAUGGUGGAUUCCAUCCAAAGAUUAGGCAUGGAGUACAAUUUUGAAGAGGAAAUUGAAGCAACACUUGAAAGGAAGCACACUAUGCUUAGAUUUCAGAAUUUCCAGAGAAAUGAAUAUCAAGGACUGUCACAAGCUGCAUUUCAAUUUCGUAUGUUGAGACAAGAAGGGUAUUACAUUAGCCCAGACAUAUUUGAUAAGUUUUGUGACAACAAAGGCAAACUCAAGUAUACAUUUUCUGAGGAUAUAAAUGGAAUGAUUGCAUUGUUUGAAGCUUCUCAAUUGAGCAUAGAAGGAGAAGACUGUCUUGACAAUGUAGGACAGUUCUGCGGCCAAUAUCUUAAUGACUGGUCAUCAACAUUUCAUGGCCACCCUCAAGCCAAAUUUGUGGCACACACUUUGAUGUAUCCAACUCAUAAAACUUUGUCAAGAUUCACACCAACAAUAAUGCAAUCACAAAAUGCAACAUGGACAAACUCUAUACAGCAAUUUUCAAAAAUAGACACUCAAAUGGUUUCCUCUUCACAUCUCAAAGAAAUUUUUGCUGUUUCCAAAUGGUGGAAAGACUUAGGUUUGCCAAAGGACUUGGAAUUUGCUAGAGAUGAACCAAUUAAAUGGUACUCGUGGUCAAUGGCAUGUCUCCCAGAUCCACAAUUCUCUGAAGAACGGAUUGAGCUCACAAAGCCUCUAUCCCUAAUUUACAUCAUUGAUGAUAUAUUUGAUUUUUAUGGAAACAUUGAUGAACUUACUCUCUUUACAGAUGCUGUUAAGAGAUGGGACUUGUCAGCUAUUGAACAAUUACCAGACUGCAUGAAAGUGUGUUUCAAGGCUCUUUAUGACAUAACUAAUGAAUUUGCUCUUAGGACAUACAUCAAACAUGGAUGGAAUCCUUUAACCUCAUUAAUAAAAUCGUGGGUAAGACUCUUGAAUGCUUUCUUGCAAGAAGCAAAAUGGUUUGCUUCUGGGAAUGUUCCAAAGUCAGAGGAGUAUUUGAAGAAUGCCAUAGUAAGCACUGGGGUACACGUGAUACUUGUGCAUGCUUUCUUUUGCAUGGGUCAAGGUAUAACUGAGAAAACCGUGUCUCUAAUGGAUGACUUCCCAACCAUUAUAUCUACAACAGCCAAAAUUCUAAGGCUAUGUGAUGACUUGGAAGGCGAUAAGGAUGUUAAUUGUGAGGGUAAUGAUGGGUCGUAUUCGAAGUGUUACAUGAAAGAUAACCCAGGAGUUUCUAUUGGACUAACAAAGGAGCAUAUGAGUGAACAAAUUUCAGAUGCAUGGAAACAACUCAACAAAGAAUGUUUGAACACAAAUCCAUUACCCUCAUCUUUUACUAAACUUUGUCUCAAUGCUGCACGGAUGGUACCAAUAAUGUACAAUUAUGAUGGGAAUACUCCUUCAAAGCUAGAGGAGUAUGUGAAAUCGUUGCUUAAUGAUGGUGGUUACUUACAAAGUAUUCAUUCCCCAACAUCAGAGCAUUCUACAGUAUGAGCAUUCAAAUUUUGUGAAGUAGCUAGUCUCACCUUCAUACACAUACUACUAGAGAGAAUCACCAAAUUACAAUGAAAUUUAUGUAUUACUUACUUAACAAUUGAGUGCAUGUUUGAAAUUACGGUAAGUUUCCUGAUUUUACCGAACCCAAGUCACAUAAAGUGUGAAUGUACAGUCAUAUGUGCUUGGGACUUGGGAGUUAGGAGCAAAAUCGAUAUAGUCCUUGUUUGGUUGUUUGGGAGCUGGGAAUUAGGAGGAAAAGCAUAUAGACACUUCUGGAGGAGGGGGAAAGAGAAAGAUAUUUUUCAUUUAUUUGAGAUUAAUGUUUGAAAGGGAAGCAAGAAGAUAGUUAUGAUUGAUUUUGUUGUUGUUGUUGAUGAGAUUUUAAUAAAAUGAGGAAAUGAUUUAGAGAAUUUGCAAAAA